AUGAUUAUUAUGCCAUAUUAUGAUUCAGGUGAUUUGAUACAUUAUAUCACUAAAGAUUUUUAUAAUAUUAGCUGGGAAACAAAGUUAGAAAGAUUAGGUGGUAUAGCAUAUGGACUUGCUCAAAUACAUAAGUUAAAUAUUAUCCACAGGGAUUUUCAUAGCGGAAAUAUCCUUUUCAAUAGAGAAAAUGAUGGGCAAUUUGUUAAUAUUACAACAAUAGGAGAUCUUGGUAUAAAUAAAUCUGCAUUUGAAUCUGGAAAUGAUAAUGAAAGUUAUGGUAUUAUUCCUUAUAUGGCACCAGAAAUUUUUCAAAGACAAAAAUAUGAUAAAUCUUCAGAUAUAUAUAGUUUCGGAAUGAUUAUGUGGGAGUUAAUGACAUGUAGAAGACCUUUUUGGGAUCGAAAUCAUGAUACAAAGCUUAUCAUUGAUAUUUGUGAUGGUUUACGACCACCAAUUGUCACAAAUGCACCCGAAGGUUAUAUUGAGUUAAUGAAAGAAUGCUGGUAUACUGAUCCAAAUAAAAGACCGACAGCUGAUGAUAUACAUAAAAGAGUUGGAAGUAUUCGAAUUCAUAAUCAUAAAAAUGGAAUACAAACUAGAAUUAUAAGAUCAUCAGAUAUUGGACCUAUAGCAUUAAAUUAUCCAGGUGCUAUUUAUAAAAGCAGACCUUUAAGUGCCAUGAUUAAUACUGCAAUGUUUUUAAGGGAUUUAAGAAGUCAACCUACUAAUUUAGAAAAAGUCAAAAGAUUUGAGGAUGGUUUAAUUGAAAGUCAUAAUGAUAAUAAUGAUGACGGUCAAAGUAUUAAAAGAAAAAAGUUAUAUGAAGAUGAAGGAGACUAUAUUAAAAGAGAAAUUAGAUAUCGAUACGAAGCUUAAUAAUGAGGAAGUUGAAUUCGAUAUUAACCUUUUAGCAAGAUUAUUAUCACAGGUUGUGUACUGUAGGUAAUGAAUAUUGUACGAUGUUGUAUUUAUAUUUGUUAACUAACGUCACGAAGUGGUAUUAACCAAUAUAAAUACCACCGUACAAUAUUUACAUCAUGGUAUAUUUAUAUUUCUGGUUUUUUUUUUGGUUUAAGGUAUAUAUUACAAAUAUUUUCUUAUCUUAUUUAAGGAAACUGUAUAAAUUUAUAGAAGUUCCAGUAGUUACAGUUUAUCAAUAGCAAAUAUGAUUUGUACGUUUUUUUCAAACA